CUUCCCUCACCCUCCACCAGAGGUCACCCCUGGUGAGACUUGGCUUGCAUCCCGGGUUUGCAGUUGUGAUUUAUUUUUGGCACCUCAGCCUUGCCUCAUCAAGUAGCACAGCACGAAGAAGAGCAGCAAAAUAUCCUGCUCCGGCCACGAGUGUCUGCUUGAGACGCACUUCAGUCCUCUAUUGUCCCUUCUCCCCAAGGGGCUCUGGGACCUUUGAGAUUCCUGUCAAGUUCACUCAAGGGCGUGCAAGGACCUAACGAGCCCUUCAGGAUCACUCCAAGGAGCUGAGCAUGACACGGGACGAGGCACUGCUGGACUCACAUUCUGCACAGGGCUUCUAUGAGAAUUAUGAGACCAAGGAGAUCCUGGGCAGGGGAGUUAGCAGUGUCGUCAGGCGCUGUAUCCACAAGCCCACAUGGCAGGAGUACGCUGUGAAGAUCAUUGACAUCACCGGAGGGGGCAGUUUCAGCUCCAAGGAAGUGCAGGAGCUGCGACAGGCCACGCUGAAGGAGGUGGACAUCCUGCACAAGGUGUCAGGGUACCCCAACAUAAUACAGCUGAAGGACACUUAUGAGACCAACACUUCCUUCUUCUUGGUGUUUGAUCUAAUGAAAAAAGGGGAGCUCUUUGAUUACCUCACUGAGAAGGUCACCCUGAGUGAGAAGGAAACCAGGAAGAUUAUGAGAUCCCUGCUGGAGGUGAUCUGCACCUUGCACAAACUCAACAUCGUACAUCGGGAUCUGAAGCCCGAGAACAUCCUCUUGGAUGAUGACAUGAACAUCAAGCUCACGGACUUUGGCUUUUCCUGCCAGCUGGAACCAGGAGAGAAGCUACGAGAGAUCUGUGGGACUCCCAGUUACCUGGCCCCUGAGAUCAUUGAGUGCUCCAUGAACGAUGACCACCCAGGCUACGGGAAGGAGGUGGAUAUGUGGAGCACAGGGGUCAUCAUGUACACCCUGCUGGCUGGCUCCCCGCCCUUCUGGCACCGCAAGCAGAUGCUGAUGCUGAGGAUGAUCAUGAGUGGCAACUACCAGUUUGGCUCACCCGAGUGGGAUGACUACUCGGACACGGUGAAAGACUUGGUCUCCCGCUUCUUGGUGGUGAACCCCCAGGGCCGCCUUUCAGCAGAAGAGGCCUUAGCGCAUCCCUUCUUCCAGCAGUAUGAUGUGGAAGAAGUGCGCCACUUCAGCCCCAGGGGGAAGUUCAAGGUGAUUGCUCUGACAGUGCUGGCUUCAGUGCGGAUCUACUACCAGUACCACCGGGUGAAGCCUGUGACCCGGGAGAUCGUCAUUCGUGACCCCUAUGCCCUCCGGCCUCUGCGCCGACUCAUCGAUGCCUACGCGUUCCGAAUCUAUGGCCACUGGGUGAAGAAGGGCCAGCAGCAGAACCGGGCUGCCCUCUUUGAGAACACACCCAAGGCCGUGCUCCUCUCCCUGGUUGAGGACUACUGAGAGAGGGCGGGAGGGAUGGGGGAGUAGGGGCAGGCAGGGAGGGGAAGCCACAGAAACGUUAGUCAAAGGAAUGAGAUUGUGUGCUGACACCUGUGCUGAGGGCACACUUGGUCCUGGCCAGGACUCCUGGGACUGGGCCAUUAUCCCCUUGAGAGGCUGUGCACAAGAGCAGGGCACCCCCAUCACACAAAGGUGCAGCGAGGGCCAGGCCCACAGGGGAGGGGACUAGAUGUGGUCUGACAGCCAGGGGCUUCCUACUCCUCUUCCCAGUUUACCACCGUCUGAGUUUCUCCUCAUAGGAGGCCCAGAGCUACUGACACUAGGAUGUGCUUCCCUUAGGGUCCCAGUGCGAGGAUCAAAGACAGGCAACAGUCUGAGACAUACGAUCACAUGAGAUUUUACUGACCUCACAUCCUGUGACACCAUGGGAGCAGGUUCUUCCCUAAGGGACAAUGUUCUAGAGCCAUAGCAAAACCCUUCACAUAAUUAACAAUCGAAAGAGGAACUUCUCACAUUUGUCUUUCUGGAGUAUUAUUACUUUGUGACUUCCAUGAUGCACAGUUUGGCCUGGUAAAUAUUCAGUUCUCCUAGACCCUUUAAAGACUGACAUUGUGCUUUAAAGAGCCCUCAUUACUUCAUUUUAUGUACUAGUGGAAAUUAGGUUCCUUCAAAGACACAUAAAACACUAUGAAUGAGGCAAAUGAAAGAAGCAUUUUUUUUCACAGCAAUUUGCUGGGAAAGCAGUGUCAGAUCCCUGAAUCAGACACCGAAAUGGGGGAGGGAACAGAUUUAAAAUUUUUUAACAAACUGCCUUUAAGAGCACUCUGCCUCAAUUGUUUGAGAAUUUGGCCCCUGUAUGGUUAAUAUUUGACCUCUGAGAGAGAAACACCCAGCUCCCGACCACAAUCAGUGGCCUCCCCCUGAUUCCCCAAGAGACAGUGGCCUCCUCUGAGGUGAAAAGGCCUCUCCCACCUGGUCACAAAGAGAUGGGGGAGGGGAAGGCAGUCACUCCGGAGGCUGAAGUUGAAGAGCUUGAGUUUGGCUGCGUUUGGAAUGUGGCCAGGGAGUGGCCCAGGUACCACGGGGCUCUCCUUCCUGGCUCUGCGGGGCUGCUCACAGCUCCCGGGGCAGUCGGCCUACACUGGAAGCACAGCGGAAGCCUAGGUUGUCUGAGGCUGAAUCUGGAGUGUUGCCCAUCCUGCCACCAAAGGAGAGGAGAGAAAAUGAACAUUUGUUGAGAAAGUGGCCUUGGGCCUUACCCAACUUUCCUGUUCCACCUUCCAGGGCCUGCUGUGGUCUAGGGUGCCUGAGGACUGCGGAGGGCGUGGUAUGGAAAGAAGCUUGGUCUGAGGGUGCCCCUGGGGAUACGAAGUGGCACUGGGACAGGCUGGAAGAAGUGAGAGUGGUCCUGGGAGAUUGCAUUGGAGGGCAGGAAAGGCCAUGACUAAUAACUUUGACUGUUGGUAGUUAGGAGUAACUCAGCCAAGGAAAUCUGUCUGCAAGAAGUGAGAAUAUCAUAGGCCCUGGCUGGGAAGCUUAGUUGGUUCGAGUGUCAUCCUGAUAUGCCAAGGUUGUGAUUUCAAUUCCCAGUCAGGGCACAUAUAAUAAUCAACCAAUGAAUGCAUAAAUAAGCAGAACAACAAAUCGAUGUUUUUCUCUCUCUUUUUCUCUUCCUUCUCCCUUCUCUCUCUUUAAUCAACCAAUAUUUUUUUUUAAAGUGUGAUAUCAUAGUGCCGACCAGUUAUGCAUACUUUUCAAGAAGUUUCACAUAUAUUCCCUUAUUUCCCAACUGCUCUGGCAGGCAGAAUUUGUUCACCAAUUUAUAGACUCAGGAUCAGAUACUGGAAAGGGUUAAAUUUCUUGCCCAAGGCCAACCACUGCUUCAACAGUACAACAGAAUCCAUUUCAAACCCAGUUUCCUGGUUUGCAGGCCAGUACUUUUCUACUACUUUAUUCUAAACAAGGAGGUGAGAGAAUACAGGUGCCUCUAUAGGUCAAAGGGACACCUGGAAAUAUGAUAUCUUGAGGCCGCAGAAACAGUGGCCUCUACAGUCCUUAUGGAACCAAGGAGUAGGGGGAGGUGCAGGGAGAUCAAACAAAACAAAUACACAGAUGAACAAAGUAGAAAGUCCUAGAAGGAGCCCAGGAGCCUGGGAUUCUACCACUUAGUUGACACCACUAACCAUCUGUGUGAAAUGAGCAGGUCCUGGGACCCACCUGAGCCCAUUUUUAACUCGACUGUAAAUCAAAAUGUUUGUAGAAAAUGAUUUUUCAUGUGGCCACCAGUAUGAAGAGUCAAUAUUCCCAUGACCCAUGGCCAUGGCCUACUGACGAGGCCAUUCUACUUCCCUGCCUCUGAACACCUAUUUAUAAGGACAGGGAGAGAAACCCACAUAAUUAAGAUUCUGGAUACAAAGUCUCCCUUGGUGCUAAGAGCUGAGAAGAAAAGGCACAAGUUGUCCUGGACUGUUUUGUUUUUCCUGGCAAGCGCUGCCUGCUUUCUUUUCUAUAACAACUCCUGGUAGAGACGCCGAGGCAGUGCCAGCACCAGUUCUGGUGCCACCUGUGCUCUGGGAGCCCAUGUCCCAGGUCCUCAGCCCCCAGCUACCAAGCUCCUCACCUGGUGGUGACCCGGGCCCGGUGAUUGGCGGAGCCAUCAGACGUGUCGAUCCAGGACGCCCCCCGCAGGACACGCAUGUCCUGGCCAGCACCCUGGUAUGGUGAAGCGGUCCACUCCCACACGUUGCCCAGGAGGUCAUAGAGCCCUGCAGCACAGCAGGCGGGUCAGUUCCUUGCUGGGAAGCACCGCGCCCACCCUGCCGGCCAUCACAGUCCUGGGAGCAAAUGCUUCCCCACGGUGCUGCUUUCUGCCUCAUCAGGCAGAAUGCUCCCACCAAACAAUUUGUGAAUGUUGAUAGGAACCCAACGCGAAAUCUUACCAUAGUUAUUCUGCGGUGGGAAAGCGUCCACUGGGGAGACUCCAUGGAAGCCAUCUUCAGCCUUGUCACCCUUGGGGAAAUUUCCCUGAGGGGAAGAAAUUUAGGGUAAAAAAUUUACCAUCCGGUCGCACGAGUGUUCCUGCCUGCCCCCAGGAAAACCAAGGUCAUCUUGCUGCAUCACCUGGAAUAGGAGGAAGGGCAUGGGGCAGUGCUCUGAGGUAUGUUCCCACCCUGAGCUCCCACACCAGUUGCCUCACGUCCUCCCCGCUGAGUUAGGAAGUGUGUGGUUUUCCCUAUGCCUGCAGUGGUCCGUGUCAAACCCAUCCCACUCCCACUUUCUCCGCUCUCAGAGACCUCGGCCCCUCUGCCUCAAACCCCAUCUGCCAGGCACCUUGGGAAGGAAGGCUCCUCUUCCCUUUCUCCACGCUGCGCACGCUCCACCUUCUCAGGAACCACUGAUGCCCAUUCUAUACUCUGCCACCAUCUCUUUAUCUUCUACCACUGACGGGUUUAACUUCCCUCAUCUGCCCUGACUCUCCCUCAUCUCUUGCUCCUUGCCACCUAAAUUCUUGAAAAAGUAACCCAUAUUUGUGAAUGCAAUUUGUUCAACUUGUUCAUUUCUCUCAUUAAAAUUGGGCUCAGCUGCCAUGACUCUAUGGAAGUUGCUCUUAUGAACGGGAAGAUGAAGGGGCUCAACACCUCCUAUGUGCUAGGGCUGCUACACUUAUAUCUUUUAACUAAUUAAUUAAUUUUUUAUCCUCGCCCAAGGGCAUGCUUAUUGAUUCUAGAGAGAAGGGGAGGAAAGGAGAGAGAGAGGGAGAGAAACAUCGAUGUCAGAACA